AUCAUUUCUCUACCUAGGGCUCGUAUAUCUCUUUGUCGUUGCUCUUCAUCUUCUAGGGUUUUGUUCUAUCUCUCGAAGAGGUAGAGCGAAAGAAAAAGGCAAAAAAGGCGAGAGAGAAUCAUCGAACUCGGAUCUUCCAAUUCAAGGCCGAUGGCUCUCAUCUUGCAUGCUGGAAGCACCAAUAAAAAUGCCUACAAGGCACUCAUUGCGGCGGAAUAUGUGGGAGUCAAAGUUCAACUGGUUCAAAAUUUUGAAAUGGGAGUAUCAAACAAAACCCCCAAGUUUCUUCAGAUGAACCCCCUAGGAAAGGUUCCUGUUUUGGAAACACCUGAUGGUGCUGUAUUCGAGAGUAACGCUAUAGCACGCUAUGUUGCUCGCUUGAAGGGUGAUAAUUCUCUUUAUGGAUCUUCCCCAAUCGAAUAUGGUCAUAUUGAGCAAUGGAUUGAUUUCUCAUCAAUGGAGAUUGAUGCGAAUAUAUCGCAGUGGUUCUUAUCAAGAGUUGGAAUUAGGCUGUACCUUCCUCCGGCUGAAGAAGCUGCUAUUACUGCAUUGAAGAGGGCACUAUCUGCUUUAAAUACACAUCUCACCUUGAAUACUUUCUUGGUUGGACAUUCUGUAACACUUGCGGACAUUGUCACGACCUGCAAUUUGUAUAUGGGAUUCAGUAAGAUAAUGACUAAGAGCUUCACCUCAGAGUUUCCUCAUGUUGAGAGAUAUUUCUGGACAAUGGUCAACCAGCCAAACUUCCGCAAGGUUCUGGGUGAGGUGAAGCAGGCAGAAUCCAUUCCACCAGUUCAGUCAGCUAAGAAGCCUGCACCUCCAAAGGAGUCUGCAAAGCCAAAGGCCAAGGAUGAACCAAAGAAAGAAGCAAAAAAAGAACCUGCAAAGCCUAAGGUGGAGGAUGCAGAGGAAGAAGAGGCACCCAAACCCAAGGCGAAGAAUCCUCUAGAUUUGCUGCCCCCAAGUAAGAUGAUAUUGGAUGAGUGGAAGAGGCUCUACUCAAAUACCAAGACCAAUUUCCGUGAGGUUGCAAUCAAAGGGUUUUGGGAUAUGUAUGAUCCUGAAGGAUACUCCCUCUGGUUUUGUGUCUAUAAAUACAAUGACGAGAACACUGUAUCGUUUGUCACAUUGAACAAGGUGGGCGGUUUCCUCCAAAGAAUGGACUUGGCUCGCAAGUAUGCAUUUGGGAAGAUGCUGGUGAUCGGGUCUGAGCCACCUUACAAGGUGAAGGGGCUGUGGCUCUUCCGUGGGCAGGAGAUUCCACAGUUUGUGAUUGAUGAGUGCUACGACAUGGAACUGUAUGAGUGGUCAAAGGUGGACAUAUCAGAUGAAGCCCAAAAGGAGCGUGUCAAUGCGAUGAUUGAAGAUCAGGAGCCCUUCGAGGGUGAAGCACUAUUGGAUGCGAAGUGUUUCAAGUGACCCCUUCACCUCACACGCAACAAAAAUGGUUAGCUGAAAUUUUCCUGCUGAGGCUAGUUUUCUCACGUGUUUUUGCGUCUUCCAUGAGUGCUCUAGAAGUGAUAGACGAUACAAUAUGCUUGACACUAUUCAUCAUCUUCUUUAGUAUGUUGUGAUUUAGGUGAUAAAUUAUAUAUAUUUUUUCAAAUAUUUUGUUGUUGAGAACAAGUAAUGGUUAGUGGCAGUUUGGUUGUGGUC